CAGCCAUGACGAACGGUCACGUAUCCCAGGCUCCCGGUGGGCCCUAGGUCGUGUGAGUGUGUGGAUGUGUCGACUAACGCACGCGGACGCGUCACAUACGAAGCAUUGAAAUCUAGAAAUAUUGUUUUCUGGUGGGAACUGAAUUUCAGAUAUAAUGACUUAUUUACGGGAAAAUGUACUAUAAUCCUGGAAGAUUAUUCUUGUAAUAAAAAAAAAUAAUGUUUAAGUUGUCGAUAAGUAUUCAAAUGCUUAGUAGUCAGUAAUAUACUGUAUACAUAACAGCAGAUGGUGCGGGAAAAUGAUGUACAUAAAACGAUGAGUCGUCUGAGCGAGGAGUGUGUGUAUCUUCUGACGCCUCAGACCGGGAUGACUCACGUAGUGUAGACCACCUGAGGAGGAUGGCUGCACCUGUACGAUACCUGGGAGGGGCAACACAGGACACCAUGCGUGACCCCAGCUGCCUAGGACGCCUACUUUCGGGGCAUGAUGGUGGUGAGGCUACGUCAGAUACCAAAGUGACAGGGGAAAUAGGAGGACCUAUGGGGCACCCUGGGUUGUGGGAGGCGGGAGGCUCACUGGAAGAAGAGCGCUCCCUUCACCUUCCGGCUGACAUGCCCGAGGGUCACGCUGCCUCUGUUCUGGGUUCCCGAGGCAUUCUCACUUCUCCUGAAGCUGUGUCAUCUUGUAACUUGAAGAAAUGCAACAGGGGCGAAAACAUUCAGUGCCGUUGUAUGUACUCCUGCCCUACACGGUUCCUGCCUGACACACGCAGACACAUUCACAGUGGACACGCAAAUAUAACCGUAACGACAAACUUCAUGAGAAAUGAUUACUGUAAGGCAGGAGAAAACUUCAUAUACCAUGCAUCGAACUACUCUUGUCCUCCCACGAACUGCAGCAGGAGAGAUUUCACCGCGAACUCUCCGAAGAGAUUAAAAAGGGGCAGUAAGCUAUCUGGGCAUCACCUGGGUCUCCGAUUACCUGCAGGAACGAUUAACCUGGAGGUGGGGGCACUACUGUUGGUGGUGGCCAUGGUAGUAAGCUCGUGCCACGCCAUGCCCACCCUGCUGCCCCAACCCUCCCCCAGUGGGGCCAACACCUCCCAGGAAACACUCAAGAGGGACUGGCGGUUGUGUUGCAGCAGCGCGGGAUCGGAUAGGGUGAAGAGCGGUAGCGUCACGGUACUGAGGAGGACGGCCACCUCUGUGUUAGUCAGCUGGACGAGACCUUCCUUCCACAACCUUAAAUACGAGAUAACCUACAAGCCCACCAACGCCAAAUACAGGGUGGUGGCAGAGGUGAUGUCGCCACAGAGGAGCGUGGUGCUGGAGCGACUAUUGCCCCUCACACAAUACCAGGUGUACGUCACUACCGUGCUCAACAACACCGUGCUCUCCACCUCCCCCGUCGUCACCUUCCAAACCGCUAUUGACGACUCUUUCCAGGGUAACUUGACUGGAGGCUUCAUCAGUACGCCCACGAUGCUGGACAGUGUGGUGAGCGUCGGGUCCACACUGGGCGACGAAAACAACAAUGUUGGCCUGGUGAGGGUCAGGGCUGAGGAGGUGGGUAUCGUUCUCCUCGUGCUGGCUGUGUGGAUGUUCGCCAUCGUCCUCUUCUUUAACAG